GAUGGGGGAGUGACGAUUCUCGCAAGAAGACCAAGGGGCAACACGACAAGAAGUUCUUUGGCGACACUGCUGAGGCGGGCCAACAAACAAAUGACCGAAGACUUGUAAACAUUCGACCUGGAAAUCGUUUGGCAAUAUUCUUACGAAGCAGUCUAGGUGGUGUCUUGAAGCUUGUUUCCUUUUGGAUCAGGUUCUUUUCUCUGGAACUAUUUAUUGGGAUCUCGCGCAGAAAGAAACUGAUUGAUUUAAAUCAAAGAAGAAAGCCCCUCAUCCAGAUGCCGACCACCCCUUCCCCGUACGCCCACCCACCAGCUUGCCUGCCCUCUUCCUCCACCAUACCAACCACUCCCCCCUAUUUCCCGUACCGCUCCCCGCCAUGCUCCCCAGGCCCUGGGMUGAAGGGGGUUGGCAGGGCCGGGGGGGUUACCCUGCGCUCUCCGGCCACCCGUCACCUCACCCACCUGGACCCCUGGAGGAGACACAGUUGGGAACCCGGGGCUAUCGUUACGGUGCAGCAGAAGGGGACGGAACCCAGCGACAACCGCAGUGUGAGUCUGGAGAACCUGGACCCCGAGGAGAUGGAGAAGGUUCUGGGUGCGGCGCUGGAUGUCCGGCGAGGGGGGAGGGAUCCUCGGAGGAACCCCAUUACCCAGGAGGGCUCCCUGUCCUCCCUCACAGAGGAAGAGGCAGGGUCUGACUCGCAGCACUACUCCGUAUUGGAGGAGCAGUCGAACCAGCUGCAGGGUUGCAGUGCAUCGGCCCCAACCCUCAGUGUGGCGCGUCACAGAAACCUUCAAAGCACGGCCCCCCGACCACGCUCCGACUGCUACGAGACUUUACCCUACCGUCAACUUGGAGGAUCCACGCAGAGUGUGGAUAGUGACCUGGGUCUGCUGCUCUGGGGGAGAGAGGGAAGCUGGACAGAGGUCGAGAGAGACGUGGCCCGGGAGGAGAAGACAGGCAGCCCUUUAGAGCGCACCUUCAGUUUCCUACGCAAGAUGGCCGGCAACCGCAAGAAUAAGGAGAAAGAGCGCAUGAGGGAGAGGGAGAAAGAGGCACGGGACAGGGAGGCGCGCUACAGCAACGGGCACCUCUUCACCUCCCUCACCGUGUCGGGGACCACCCUCUGUUCAGCAUGCAACAAGAGCAUCACUGCCAAGGAGGCCCUCAGCUGCCCCACUUGUAGUGUCACCAUCCACAACCGCUGUCGAGACACGUUGCCCAACUGUGCCAAAAUGAAACAGAGGCAACAGAAGAUGGCUCUCAUGAGGAACAACUCAGCUCUGCAGAACGUAACCCUUCGUACCAAAACCCCCAUGAUGAGGGAACGCCCCAGCUCAGCCAUCUACCACUCUGACAACCUCCGCCAAUCCCUGCUGGGCUCGCGCCGUGGACGCUCRGGUCUUUCCCUCUCCAAGAGCGUCUCCACCAAUAACAUUACAGGGAACCUGAAUGAUGACUCUCCCUUGGGGCUGCGCAGGAUCCUGUCCCAGUCCACAGACUCGCUCAACUUCAGGAACAGAGCCAUGUCCAUGGAGUCGCUCAACGAUGAGGGGGAAGAGUACUACACCUCCAUGCUGGAAGAAAUGGAGAUUGAGGGGCGGGAUUUUGAGGCGGACUCAUGGAGCAUGGCGGUGGACUCGGGCUACCUGCAGACGCAUCGCAAAGACAUCAUCAAGCGGCAGGACGUCAUCUAUGAGUUGAUCCAGACAGAGCUGCACCAUGUGCGGACGCUGCGCAUCAUGGAGAGGGUGUUCCGCCAGGGCAUGCUGGAGGAGGUGCAGCUUGAGCCGGGCGUGGUGCACGCCAUCUUCCCCUGCCUAGACCGUCUCACCGCCAUACAUGCCCGCUUCCUGGCACAGRUGCUCACCCGGCGCAACCACAGCCUACAGCCUGGCAGCACCUACAACUUCACUAUCCAUCAGCUGGGAGAUGUGCUACUGGAACAGUUCUCGGGCCAGUGUGCUGACGAGAUGAGGAAGACCUACGCUGAGUUCUGCAGCCGCCACCUGAAGGCUGUCAAGCUGUACAAGGAGCUGCUGGCCAGAGACAAGAGGUUCCAGUACUUCAUACGGCGGGUGUGUCGGGGUCACCUGUUGCGUCGCCAUGGCGUCCAGGAGUGCAUCCUGUUGGUCACUCAGCGCAUCACCAAGUACCCCGUACUCAUCCAGCGUAUCCUUGACAACACCAAGGACAAUGAAGAGGAGGCCUCCUGUCUGACCCAGUCUCUGACUCAGAUCAGGGAGCUACUCACCUCAGUGGACCACCAGGUGAUGGAGCUUGAGCGGACCCAGAGACUGCAGGAGAUCCGGGCCAGGCUGGACCCUCGCGCCGAGGCCAAGGUGAGGGACGGUGGCCUGUUCAGAGGAGGAGAGUUGCUCCGCAGGAGACUCAUCCAUGAGGGAAUGCUGCUCUGGAAAACCCCUGGGUCCAGGCUCAAAGAUGUGCAGGUCCUGCUGAUGACAGACAUCCUAGUGUUCCUACAGGAGAAAGACCAGAGGUUCAUCUUUCCUUGCCUAGACAAGUCUCCGGUCCUCUCCCUGCAGAACCUCAUGAUUAGGGAGAUAGCCAAUCAGGAGCGAGGGCUCUUCCUCAUCAGUGACUCCUCUCCUCCGGAGAUGUAUGAGGUCCAUGCUGCCUCGAAAGAUGACAAGAACACCUGGAUACGCCUCAUACAACACACUGUCAGAAGUUGUCCUUCCAGGGAAGAGUUCCCACUCAUAGAGACUGAAGACAAGGCCCUUCUGAGACGACUGAAAGCGGACAUCCAGCAGAAGGACCGGGAGGUGCUGGAGCUGCUCCAGGAGCGAGUCACCCUGUUCUCGGACCUGGCCGAGGUGACAGGGGGCCAGGAGAUCAUGCUGCCGGGGGGCCCCAACUCCCGGAACCUGUUCCGGGCUGACAUGCCCCAGGUGCCGCUUGGCGAGAGACUGCUCACGGAUGCCAUCGCAGAGGUGGAUAGGCUGAGUGAGCUACUGCUGGGCUCCACCUUUGCAGUGCCUCUGCCCUGCAGUUUCAACGGUCACCCGAACCACACGGGAACACUAGUGAUCAAUGGCCAGGAGGUGGUUCUCAACGGAAUGCACGGGUGCCCAGCAGCAAAGGACUGGAAUGGGAAUCAGGCUGGAGAUAGGCCCUCAACCGAGGAAGUGUAUCAGAGGCUGGUCAACCUUAGUGCCCACCUUCAUGCCCUCCAGGGCACUGUGAUCAAGCAGGACUCCAUCCUGGAGCUCUGCCUGCGCUCUGAUGGCCCGCCAGUUGAUGCCCCGACCACGUCCACCGGACGGGUGUGGCGCUCCUUGUCACGUGACGCAGGCAUGGCCGAGGCCAGCACGGGGYCGGCCAUUGGGGAGCUGGCCCUGCUCCAGAGGCAGCACAGCCUCCUGCAGGAGGAGCUGGGUAGGCUGCGGGGGGCCGAUGGCCGCCUGAGGGAUAGCGAAAAAGCCCGCGCCCAGCUGGAGAGGCAGGUCCGCGACAUGAAGGCCCACAGUACCACCGUGUUUGACAGUGUGGGACCUGCAGGCUCAGAGCAGGCUCAACCCCUUCGUAAAGCAAGUGAAACCAACGCGGACACCAAAUUGGCCAGCCAAGAGUCAAUCGAGCAUUCGGAGGGGCAUCAGGAUGGCAGUGAUGUGGAGGUGGAGGUGACGUCAGAUGAGGAGGAGGAGGCCAAAGCGUCACCGCGCUCGGAGAGUCCCCGAGAUCUUCAGGACAUUCCAGAGGAGAGCGAAGCCACAGCAGAACUACCACGAGAGCCUGACGUGUCACAUUGCUAAUGACCCUCCAGAAACAAAGACUGGACCCCACCUCCCCUACUCUCAAAAAUAGGCCGAAGAGAACAAGAGAACUGAACUUGAAAUAGUCUUCCUCUUUUUACACUAAAAAGGAAGUGCAUAUUAAUUUUCAAAUAUAGAUCGAUAUAUUUGUUCUGUGGCUUUUGCUUUACAGUACACGACCAGUGGCAAUAUGUGACUUUACGUUAUAUUCUUUCGUAUUUCUUGCUUGGGAUUAUUUGGAUAUGUACUGCUCCAUUUUGGAAUCGAUGCUGGACCAAUGAGGGCCUAUUAGAGUGGCGUGAAUAACAGGAAGGGAGUUAUGCAAUGAUGAUAUUCCAAAGAAGAAUAUGCAAGAAAUGGACAGCAAAUAUAAAAGCAGUGAAUGGAUAACCAAAUCUGAUGGGUUUUGUCUAUUUAGGUGAAUGGAAUACUGAAUUAAUGACAUUGGUUGGAGAGCUGCUAUUGUGCAUUAGGGUGUUGGAUGCGGACGUAUGUAGGUAGCUGUUUGUGCUGGGCCACACAGAUACAAAAAUAUGACACAGACACAAACAUGCACAAACACACACACAGUCAUAUGCGCUCAAACACACACUUGAGUCCUUUACAUUUCCAUAAUUAGGGUGAUCUAAUUCUCAACGCUGUUUAUGAUGCUAAUGAUUUGUUUAUUUAUUCUUCCUUCCUUCAUUAUUUAAGCAGGUAAGUUAAGACCUCAAGCAUUAGUGACUGUAUAAGAAGUAGAGGUAGCACUGUAUUUCACUCUCCCCUAAUUCUCAUGUUUUUAUUUAGAAACCACAUGGUAACAGCAUAAUGACAUAAUUAUUAUUCCAAAAUGACUUACUUACCCACGGGUGUGGUGGGUUCAUUUCCUGCAGGGAUCACAUACAUAUGCUUUAAAUGUAUGCUCUCAAAGUAAUGUAAGUCGCUUUUGUGGCACAUGUAUAUUACUUGGAUUUUUCGUCACAAAUAUAGGAAAGUGACAAUUGUUAACAAUUCAUUUCAAGUAGUUACCAGAAUGAAUUAUGCAGUUACCAUGUAAAUACCUGGCAAUAAGGGAGAAUGAAAUAAAGUUUUAUCUAAAUGGACAAAAGAAUCCAAUCACUAUAUGGAUCACUACAGGUGCAUCUACAUAUAAGCAGUGUAGUUUAAAAGUUGAACUCCAGUGGACUUGGUCGCCUAUAUAUAAAAAAGCUGUCAAUAUUGCUUUGGUUUUACUCUUGACAAACAAAAGGCCAAGACGUUGGAAAAUGGAACUAGGACAAUGCGCCAUGUCAUCCAUUUUGAGAUGCCUUGAGGGAUAGGGGAAUUCAACUUUUUGCCAACAUGGAAAUAUAAAAUGGAGUCUUCUCUAUUAAGGACUAAACCAGUGACUUUGGAGACUAUUUUUGAGCAACGGACAGCCGAGCAACCAUUAUAUUUGCCUUUACAUUGUUUUGAAACUAAAAUGCUUUAAUUGACACGUUCUUGUUGUAAUUUCUUGUCAUCUGUUAAUUUGACUCUUGUACCAUAUUUUGCUGGCUUGCAGAGUGUGUAUAAAUUUGGCUGAAAAUGACAAAGGCAAUGAUUUUGUGUAUGUCUUUGAUGAGGAAACUACUGUAUUCAAUUGCGGUUUACAGAAAGCCAUACUAAAGAUAUGAAUGUCAAAUCCAAAA